UUUUUCUCAGUAUUGUUGUGCGUGUGGGUGUUGCUGUAGUCUCCUGCCAGCGGCAAAACUAUGUCGGGCCGUGGAAAACAGGGCGGGAAGGUGAGAGCUAAAGCCAAGUCGCGCUCGUCGCGGGCCGGGCUGCAGUUCCCCGUGGGCCGCGUGCACCGGCUGCUGCGGAAAGGUAACUACGCGGAGCGGGUGGGGGCUGGAGCGCCUGUCUAUAUGGCGGCCGUGCUGGAGUACCUGACGGCCGAGAUCCUGGAGCUGGCGGGCAACGCGGCCCGCGACAACAAGAAGACGCGCAUCAUCCCGCGCCACCUGCAGCUGGCCAUCCGCAACGACGAGGAGCUCAACAAGCUGCUGGGCAAGGUCACCAUCGCGCAGGGUGGGGUGCUGCCCAACAUCCAGGCCGUGCUGCUGCCUAAGAAGACCGAGAGUCACAAGGCUAAAAGCAAAUAAUCUUAGCUAACAAAGCUGGUUAGAUUUUUCAAAACAUAAUCCAAAGGCUCUUUUCAGAGCCACCCACUUUCUCAGAAAAGAGUUGAGUUGCGUUUUUAAGGAAGUGCCUUUGUGUCAAGUGUUGCUUUUAUGCUGCCUUUGUCUUCAGUGUGUUGAGUAAAAUUUCUGGUUUCUGUAUGUGUUUUCAGCCAUUUCCUUUAUAACUUUUCCUUUUUAUUGUAGAAAAACUAAUUACUUUGUAAGAUUUUGGUGGUUGUAGUGGAACAGUAGAAUAUUAGUUUCUUAAUGUUUUAUCUGCUUAAUAUUGGUUUUUGUUAUACUGUGUAUCAUGGCUUUAUGGUAUGAAAUAAAGGAUGUUAGUGGGAGAUGAGGAAAAUAAGUGUAUGAAGUAAGAAAAUAAACUAAUGAAUGCCCCAAAGCUGCAUAUCCUUAUCUUAAAAUGAAGGAAAACUUGUGGCAUUGGCCUUGAUCUUAAUAUUAUAAAGUUGUUCUGUAGCUGUACUUAUUUUGAGAAUGGGAAAUGCUGUAGUGAGGAUAAUUUAAUUUGAUCUGGAUCCUAAACUACACCAACUUGCCCAGUAGGGCACCAACUAUAGCAUCUUUCCUUUCAGAAAAACUGCAGCACUUACAGGUUUCUAUUCAAAACAGAAUUUUCAGACAUACUGGUCUUCUAAAUGGUCUCCUGUUAACGUCAGUUAACUGCAGGCAAUAUCAUAUGAAUUUGUGGACACAAGUAUCAUUCAAGAGCACUGUGCUAAAGCACCUCUGAUUUGCUGGUGUGAGUUAUUCAGAAGGCUGUCUGACUCCUCCUGCUGGGGUGUUCCCUGGAGCUCGACGUGACUGCAGCAAGGCAACAGCUCCCACCUGCACAGCACUUCUGCCCUGUGGAUCCCCCGAGGAGGAGGAGGACUGCUUUGGAAGAAGAAAACAGCACCUAUAGCCCAGCCCUGCUGUAACGGAGGAGCUCUCUAGGUAGGGUUCUUCCAUAGCUGAAGUGGAACAUUGAGGAUUGUUGGUGCGGGUGUAAUGGAAGAGCUGCCCGGUGCAGCAGACUGAUCCCAUCUGGUGACCUCACCUGUGCCUCAUUGUUCUGUUUGCAAGUGGAUAAAUGUAAAGUUGUUACAAUUUCA